AUGGCGAAUCAAGUAGCCUUUGAUCUGAAGCUUCUUCAACGCUCUGCGCCGGGAGACCAGGCAAUCCAUCUACGGCAUGUCUUAACUAGCAAUCCGGGCGCGGCAUCUUCCCUCACCUCUGAGCUGAUAACGCUUGUGACAUCGGAUGCUCUCCCGUCCAUUGUCCUCUCAUUAUGGCCCAUGGCUGCCGACGAGCCCGACGCAAUAGUCGCAGUCAUGCGCCAGGAACUCUGCCUCAGUGCUCAGAGCUCAGCCAUCAAACACUUCUAUCGCCACCUGCGCCGCGAAAAGACGUUUGCUAAAGCCUGGGAAGCCGUCGGUGGCGCUUCCGGGGUUGCACAGCUGGCGGCAAAGUUCAACUUGGGUCAUGUUCGUCUUCUCUUCAACUUGCUUGGAGAUACUAGCCGUGCAAGAGGUGCGCGAAAUGAGCGCCAGAGUGCCAUGGAAGAGCUCUUGACGCUGUUGUGGGGAAAUGACGGGGAAGCAUCUGCCGUUGGCACUGACGGCGGCCCAUUUGAUAGCCGUCCAUUGCGCCGUGAAUAUGUAAAGCUUGUUCCGGCUUGCAGUGGUGCGUUUAGAGUAGAGUGGGCUGAGAUGAAGCGCCAACUCCCGGAGAGAUAUAGCCACUCUGUGACCACAGAUCAAGAGUUCUUUGAACAUUACUACAACGAAAAGCUACGGCGCAGCGAAAUCACCGCUUCGAAGUUUCUACAUAAGAUAAAGGCCCUCGCCAUGAGGCGUAUAGACUACGGUUUGGACAUUCUGCACAUGUUCACAGAGAGUGAAACAUUGCUUGGGGCGUCUCCCAGUGAUCUCUUGAAAACAAUCAUUGAUCCACUGGGGAAGCGAUUUUUGUCCAACAGAAUGAUAUCAAGUGCCGUGACGAUGCAGUUCUGGAGCCGUGUCGUCAGCUGCCUGAAAGAGUGUCGAUUAUUUCAUACGGAAUUUGGCAAUUUCGUCGAGCAUUACAGAAGGAUUGCUGCUCGCUUAACCAAGAUAUGGAACCACUCACGGGCACAAGCCGAGUAUACGGACCUGCUGGCCACACUGUUUUCUCUUCUACCUCAAACUGUGGUAAAUAGAUAUUCACUGGUCGACUUCAUAAGGCAAGCUGCCCGGCCGCUGAGGUACCGGUUUUUACGCCUAUUCUUAAAGAACGCGGCCGGAUAUCAAGUUGAUAUUGGAGAGCCUGAUAGCUUGGACCACGCAGAGUUUCAGAAGUCGUCACUCCGCUGGCCGGUAGGCAUAUUUUUUGAAUUGUCUGCAGACGAAGCUCUUCCAUUGCUUGUGAAAAUUUUACGGGCAGGAAAGGAUAUCAGACCUGCCUAUGGCAAUACCUUCAUUUUCGAGCGGCAGGACGUAGACGACAGAGAUAUAGCCGACCACCAUAUCUUACAGGCCCUUUUGUUGCAUCGGAGUACGGCAGCUCUCCAUUCCGUGGUGACAGAUCUGGACGCCAUGAGGUCCGAUAUUCGCCUUCGAGAGCUGCCCGGGAGGAUGAAAAAGGCGACUCAAGGCCGUACCCCGGAAACUCGAGCGCAGUGGUGCGAGGCUACUCUUUCACUUUGUGUAGCAAUAGGGGAUCUUAAUCUCUAUGCGGAAACGCUUCGCUGGGCACGGCGGUUCAACAAAGACCCAUUGACUGUCAAAGAAAUAUAUAACAAGUCUUGUAUCGCAAGUCAUGAAGGGGUCAACCUUCUAGCUGUGCUGCCCUUCAUCAGAGAGACGCCAUUGACUAUUACUCUGGAGCAACUUACCAAGAACAUACACUCUGCAAAUGAAGUCUUGCAAGUUCUUUUCGAGACUGCCAUCAUGGCUGUAAACGAACCAAGUUUCAACUACAGAGAUUGGAAGGCCACCUUUGGCUUGAUUAGUGAAGUAAUAUCCCGCCGCUUAAAUUGGGCAAACGAUUUCCAAGAUCGCAGCGAAAUAUCCGACGAUGCGCUUUAUGACGCGGUAUGGGAGCCGACGUUUACCAUGCUAAAGAAAAUGAUAUCAACUCUUCUUAGCCCUGCGGGCGAGAAGUUUAAGUCAAUCAAUGCCUAUGCCAUAAUAUCUGGGAGUUUAGUCAGUGAACCUGAGAUUAUGCGGGCACCAACUAUUAAGUUUCUCAACAAUUUGGCGGUAUUUCACGACUCCAUUUGGGCGGAGCGCCGGACGCGUGAGACGCCUGCCAUAGUAACAGCUGGCGACUUUUGGCCCAAAGGACUUGCUAUCCAGCAUCUGUCCGACCACUUUGGCAUGGCCAUGGCAUACCUCCCUUAUACACGAUCGCGAAUAGAGCAAAUUGUGUUUAUGGAUGUCCAUAAAGCCUUGGCGUCAGUGCAAGUAGACGAGGAAACUCAAGCGGCCAUUGGCGAAUUUAUAGAUAGCUGGCAUGAGGCUCUGCGGCUCUAUAUUCGUCCUCCGCGGGUGCUAUAUAGCAAGAACCCGACUUCUAAAGAUUUCCCUUUACAUGUACAGCAUCAAAAACGCAUUGAAAGGGCCUGGAAAUAUGCGACUGUUGAUCUUUCCAAGGAUCGCAUGUCUCUGGAAGAGGCUGAACGAUUUUGGUGGCCUGUAUUCAGUCACCAUCGGAUUUAUAUUGAGAGAGAUGAGGUUGGGAUUGAUGAAUCGGCCAAUCAGCGUCCCGAGCCAUCCCUUCCUGACGAAGACGAGGACAUGCAUCCAAUUGAGUGGAAUCCCGACCCAGACUAUGACCGGAUAUCGCAGCCUGAGAAAAGCAGGUCUAUUGCGCCAACAUAUUUGGAUGUUUUGCUCAGUCAGUCAGAAUAUACAACGGCGUUUUACCCGAAUAGAGACUCAAAACCUUCCGCCCUUGAAACUGUCAAGGCAGCUAUCCCGGGAAAGCCACGUCCUUGUUCGUUCUGGGAGUCGUCAUGUACCACCGGAAGGAAGCUUACUGGCAGAGGAGCGGAUGCCUAUUUAACGGCGGGAAUCCUGGCUUUGAAUCUGGGUUUUGGGUCAGACAUUUCCUUGCUGAAGACGCCGUUCCCUGAUGCCAGCAUGGCGCGCAUUCCGGCCGUGUAUCUUGACCAAGAGUUUCUUGAGAGAGAAGCAAUCAGUGGCACUCAGAUUCAUAGUAUGUUGUCUACGCUGAAAUCUUAUGUGCCAACGCGCCUGCUCGUCCGGCUAGCAGCUUCGGUUCUUGAGAAUAUAGGGAAAAAGCCAGAGCCUGAAAAGCCGUAUGCAAUUUUUGAGAUGAUAAUUGACAUCAUAUUGCAUGGAACCAAUCCAUCGUUGGCAUUCCCAUUAAUUCAGCAGUUUGUCUUGGAGAAUCCUGACGCAAGUUCAUGGCAUAGAGUGCUCCUUAAUCCUCAGGUCUUUAUGAGACUCCUUCCAUCUGAUGCAAAGAGAUUCUUUGAGAGCUUUACAGAUGCCAUUCUGGAUAAACUCCAAGAACAAGCAGAAAGGCGCGCAAAGGACCCCAAUCCAUCGGAAAGUAAGGGGCCGCUGGUCAAAGUGACUACUGUCAAAAUGUUGGCGCAGCUCUUGAGAGAAUGUCCUGUUAUUGACUCGAGCUUUGCAGUGGAUUUAAACAUUCGAAUUCUUCAAAGAGCUUCUCAUGUUGAUAUUCGUACAGCCUCUAUAAAAGCGCUCAUGGAGGCAAUAACUACGACUACUAGCCAGGUGGUGAGGCAGCGGAUAUUUGAUGCUCUGUUUGAGCACGCUGCACCGAUGGCGUCCGCAGUCCACGAGGCGCAGUCAACUGUGGACUGGAAUGCGUUGAAAUCCGAUGACGAACUGCCUGAAAUAUGGGGAGAUGGCACUGGGAACUUCAUAAACCCCCCAAUCAUGGACUUGAUCAUGUGCGCAGGCCCUGGAAUAGACCUACAGUCUGACCAAAGUCGAGCUUUAACGAAACUCAAGCAUUUCAUAUUGGAUUCUUCUGCAGAAACCAACAGACGAUGGAUGGACCUCUUCUUAAAGAAGAAUGGAUUCAGCAUACCAGACAACGCCCAGCUUCCCGCCAUCCCGGUGUUCUCGACAGCACUGCAUACUUUACUCUCUUCAAUGAAGCUGGACACUUCAUUAAAGUACAUUGAUCUGAUGAAGCGAUACAUGUUGCUGAAAAUGAGCCCUCCCAACUGGCUGGCUCGUAUAAACAAAUCCGUGCGAGACGAUAAAGUUCUUUCUAGGUCUAAUGCUGGCAAGCACUGGUACAAUCUUUGGAGUAGCAAUAGCUACAAAUAUAUGACCGAUACUCUUGCAAUCAUUCGUGUGUACCUUGGUCCUAAGAAUAGGAAUUUGCGAAAUAACGAGCAGUCUAAAGCGUUUUACCAGUGUUUGGAACAGUUUAUUUUCGAGAUUGGCGACACUUUAGUUACAGAAGGGCUGUCUUCUCAAUAUGCGUCGUUCUUAAGCAGUAUCUCGUCUAUUGACCCUGAAAGUUCCGUAUGGAGGCGCCUUCUGGAUAGGAUAGAAAGCCUUCGAACUCCUGCGUGGCAAGCCGAUCCGAACCGAACGCCAAAAGUACUUCCUGAUACGCUGCCGCUCAAGAUUAAGAUGUUGAACUUGCCCAAGAAGAAGAUUACGAAUUCAGAUGAGGUUAAGGGAGUUAUGAGUAGAUGCGUGAAUGGCGUUGUGGAGCUUCUCAACGAAUUUGUGUCUAGCGGAACCCCGUACUUUGAGAGAUUCAAUACGCUUCAGAGGGAACUGGGAACGGUUGAGCCUCUGGCUGAGAUGGCUAUCAUGCUGGGCUCUGAGCCUGCACGACGUAGCGCGGACGAAGUGACUUUGGUGGAUCACCUUCGACUGGAGCUUACCGUAAACAUGAUGAAUGGGAGUAAUGUUCUCAAUAAGGGUUUGGGAAAAGACCAUGAUGAGGAUGUUGUGAAGGCGGCUGCUGGCUUGGUGAUGGACAUGACUGAUAGUCAUGUGGAGUACUUUCGUACACUGGCGACGCCUUUGAAGAAUGGAUUGAAGAAUUCUAGUGGGUUUAAUUGGUGGGAUUGA